GGAUGUAUGCGGUGAGCGUGGAUCGAACACGCGGCCUUCAGAUCUUCAGUCUGACGCUCUCCCAACUGAGCUAUCCCCGCACCUGAUUUUGCCUUCUUUUACAUUCAAAAUCUUCCAUUUUUAUUUUCUAGUUGGGGUGCCGAGCUCCAAUUCUUCAUCCUUUUGCAGACGCCGAAGAGUAUGUGCAUGCACGAUGAGAUUCCUGCUAGCUCCAUAUUAAUGGCCCUUUGAACAUAUAUACAUUCUCAAUUACUCAGAAACAGAUCAGACAGAGAGAGUGUGAGAGAAAAACAUAGAAAGAGAGAUGGCUUGUGUUGCAUUGGCUUCUCUAAUGGCAACAAUUGACCUUGAGUUCCGAAAACAAAACCACAGAGUGUCUCUCCAUGAUGAAAAGCCAUUGAAUUAUCUGUUUGAGAAGCUUUCUUCUUUGCAAGCCUUUCUGCAGAAGGAAUACAACAAUGGUGGUGCUCCAGUCCGUCGUCAUCUGGAAAUCAAAAUCAGAGACUUUGCGCUCAAAGCUGAAGAUGACAUUGAGAUACAACUAAGAAGCUUUCUUCUAGCCCAUGACGGAGAGUGUCAAGCCAAAGCUCGUGGGGAACUCCAUGAAAGCUUGCUAAAAGCUGCAGAAGAUGCAGAAGAGCUGUCCAAGAUUAUCAACAACAGCAGAAGCAGUGAACCCGAUGCGGCCAUGGCCAGUGAAACUCAUCUAUCCAUUCAUUGGUUGAAACCUGAGAAUGUUGUGUUGGGUGGACCAUCUUCGCCAUGCUCUCCAAAUCUUGAGGAUCAAUUUAACGAAGACGCCUUCAAUGCGGUAGAAAAGAUGUUAUUCCAUACCUUUAAGCCAAAAAACAUAGUUUCAAUUGUAGGAUUGCCAGGUGUUGGCAAGACUACUUUGGCUAAAAGAAUCUAUGGCUCAGAUAUGGCAGAAGGUUACGUUCGAGCUUGGGUUACUGUGCCUCAAGAGUACAAGGGAAACACAGACACUCUUUCUCAACUAAAAGAGAAAUUACACAAGCACAUGGGAGGUGGUCAUCAGAAGAUGUAUUUUCUUGUUUUGGAUAAUAUACAAAACACCCAAGCUUUGGGUGAUAUCCUAACAUGUCUUCCUAAUGAUUCACUCAAAAUCCGUAUAUUGCUGACCACUCAGUUCAAUACUGUUGGUAGCGAUGCUGCCACAUUUGGUAAUGUGCAUAAAAUGUGCAUAUUAGAUCCAAACAGAAGUUGGGAUCUAUUUUGCAAGAAAUUCUCUCCCAAAGAGCUUAGAGCACCAAAAUUUGUAGAAAUCGCUGAACAUGUUGUGAAGGAGUGCGAAGGAUUGCCACGGUCAAUUGUUGCAGUUGCAGAGCGUUUGUCUAAAUGCGGGUACAUUUUAAAGGAAUGGAAGAAGAUUGAAAAAGAAGUCGAGACAUUGGGACCUCUAUACAAUGAUGCCGAGCACUUAAGUAAGCUUACUCUAUCUUACAAUCAAUUGCCACAGCAUUUGAAAGUUUGUUUUUUAUAUUUUGCAACCUAUCCAAAAGGCUUUAAAAUCAAUGUGAAAAGGCUUAUUAGUAUAUGGAUUGCUGAGGGAUUUGUGAGGCAAAUGGUGGAGUGUAUGGGAUUUGGGUGGCAAUUGGUGAAGGAUUUAGAAGUGGAAGGUUACUGCUAUUUAGAUGGUCUUGUUCACAGUGGUCUAGUCUCAAUCAGCAAAUGGAAACAUAAGAUGACUAAUGUUUGCUGGAUACAUAGCUCCUUAUGGGACUUCUGUACAAGAGAAACUAAAAAAGAGGGUCUCCUAUGUGCGGUGUAUACUCGAAAAGAUUUAGGAUUGCCAUUAGACAUGUUUGUAAAUUCAUGUCGUUGGUUAAGUUUAUACAAGCAUAGGUUGGAUUAUUACACGCUCUUUACUACAAAUAACCCACGCUCUCUUUUAUUCUUUCAAGGAGAUUAUGUAAAGUCGGUAUCUUUCAAGCUAUUAAGAAUUGUGGAUUUGAGUGCACUUCAAAUCUUUGAAAUAGUGCCAUUGCAUUUAAGAGAUUUAGUUUUUCUGAGAUAUCUAUCUGUCCCACCGUGGUUUGAGGGUUUAAACGAUGUAGUGUCAAACAAUCAGAAUUUGCAGACAAUUAUUGUUUCUGGUGGUGAACCACAACUACUUAGAACUGGCCAUUUGUCAUUCAGAAUUUGGGAGUUACCACAUUUAAGGCAUCUCGAACUUGGAAAUUACUAUGAGGUGGAUCCUCCAAACAGGAAUAUAGAGCAAUUGCAAACAUUAUCAUGGGUUAGUCCAACUCAUUUCACAGAAGAGGUGUAUAGGAAGUUCUCAAACUUAAAAUAUCUUAAGGUUUUCUAUAAAGGUGCCUUUGAGCCAUGUAGCAGCCCUGGAUCUUGUAGAAAUCCCACAAUCAAUUUGGAUUAUAUUAGGUGUUUGUCGAAGCUUGAGACACUUACAGUUAUAGUCCCAGCAAACUGUAUGACCCAUCUAGAGCGGCCCGUGUUUUCUACACGACUGAAGAAGUUGAGGUUGAGCGGGACUAAUCUCCCGAUAAUGAAGCUUCCAUGGGUACUGAGAGCUUUAAAGGUGCUCAAACUAGAAAACACCUUCUCUAGCCAAGUGUGGGGAUCAUUUGGACAAUUUUCUGACUUACAAGUCUUGUUCAUUGAGGCUACAAAUCUCCACAAAUGGGAGGUCAGGAGUUCCGAUUUCCCAAAACUGAAGCAUCUAAUCCUAAGACGUUGUUAUUGUUUGGAAGAGAUCCCAUUUCAAGUUGAUCCUAUUGACACGCUAAAGACAAUUAAGGUGGAGCAGUGUCCCCCUUGUGUUGUCGCUUCUGCCAUGAAGAUUCAGGAGGAGCGAAAGUGGUUUUGGAAAAAGGCAAACAACCCUGUGGAGGCGUACAAUAUAAGUCGUGCUCGCCUACUUCGAGUUCAUGCGGCCCAUACGCCACUUACUGUUGUUGUCGACGACGUGAUUCAUGAUUUUAGCUAGCUAGCUAGUGAUGGGGUGAAUUCCUAUGAUGAAUCACAGGAUACGUUACUGCCAAUUGCCAUUAUAUUGUAUUAGAAAUAAUGAUGUCGCUGAGGUUAGAUGUUUUUCCUCUUUAACUUUUUGCAGACUACUGUUGCAUUAAGAAACUUGUACAAAUAUAUGUUGUUUAACAUGUUAUGUGUCCAGUGUAUGCAAUUAAGAGU